AUGUCGUCUUUGAAUCGAGGUGCCACGGGCGCCAUUAAGCCAAAAGCAGUUAACGUUAACAAUCUCUUUUCGGGACGUAAUCUUGCCCCUGGGCAAAGGGCUUCUGGUAAGUGGAGAUAUGGCUUGCAAUCAGUUGGGAAAUCAGCCGGUGUUGUACGACGUAUGCCGCCUCCUGCAACUCUGCCUUCAUUGAAAGCCGAGAACAAUGGACAGGACCCGACUACUCAAGUUGUUCCUCAAGGAGGAACUGGAUGGAGCAAGACUGAUGCAGCUCCUGUUGAAAUUGAAGUGCAAUCAACGAAUGCGUGCGCCAAAGACGCAGGCAACGAUUUGCGACCUUCUUGGCUUGUUGGCUCACCCGAGCAAUCAGCUAACGGCUCUGUACGAGAAUUUCCGUCGCUUGCUCCAACAACAAGUCACCCAGAAGACAAACAAGAUAAUUACCCAUGUAAUGAAAUGCAAACAAGUGUGCAAAAUAUGUCACUUAAUGAGUAUAUGGAGACUGUCCCUGCACGAUUCCUUGAUAAGUCUAAAAAUCUCAAAUCAGGAAAGCCCAAGACGAAAUCAAGUGAUGAUGAUGAUUAUGACUCGCUGGAUCGAGUUACAUCUUAUUCCACUGAUGAAGAUCGCGAUGUGUCCCCGGUGGACGUACGGGCGAUUCAAGAAGAAAAAACGGAAGUUGUUGUUUGCGUUGAACCAGCCAACAAAAAGCUUCAAAGCAAAUCCAAUAAAGUUCGAAGCGACAAGAAGGGAAAAGAAGUUAGAAUUGUCAAGCGCACUGAUCAAUUGUUCCUUCAAGAUAUUAGUGACGAAGAUGAAGAAGUUCAAAUGACUCGUCUCGAUAAACCGGCUAUAAAUAUUAUUAAACGAAAAGCUGGUGAUGAUACCGAAGAACAGAAACGUGAUGGAAGUCGCCCAAUUGAGCGCGGAAGAGAUAGAAAGCAAAAGGAAAAUGGGAAAAACGGCAUGGAAGAGGAUCCUAAUAAUGUCAAUCACUCGAGGAAAGACAAGUCAAGCGAGGAUGUGCUGCCAGCACCUGUACCGCAAGAAAAUGUUUGGGCAAAACGUAGAGAAGAACGUGAAUCUCAAGAACGAGAGAAACAGCGCAACAUUCCUAAAGUCAUGCAACAAGCUAUAGAACAACACUUUCCUUUGGUCACUGAGGCUGCAUCAAUUCGCGUUGAUAAAGAAUCUGCUAGAAAGAAUGCUGACACGGAGUUCACCAGAGCUGCUAUUCGCGCUAGAAGACAGCCUUGUUCAAAUGAUGUGCGCCGGUUAACUGGACAAAUCGAUUCUCGUGGUUAUCGAAAGCAGGAAGAAAAUAAAAAUGCGGAACGCAAUGGUAAACUAAUUGCGAACGGUAGUCGUUCGUGGAAACGCGUCGAAGAUCAAAUAGAGGCAAUUUCUGAUGAAGAAAACUAUAACCAAGAGCGAAGAAGAGAACGCAACGAUUCGUAUAAAAGCAGCAAUUCCCACGAGAGCAGCAACCAUAGUGGUCGAAAAAAUCGCGGUGGGGCUCGAAACCGAACCGCAAAUGGAAAGAAGCUCACAAACGGAGUUGAAAAUAAUCGUAACGAACCUGAAACCAAAACUAAAGCAAAAACUCGAAAUCGUGGUCCCAAAAAGAACGAUGGUGCUGAUGGGUUCGAGAAACCAGAAAAGGGUCAAAACGAUACAGUUGUGGAAGAAAAUGAAGAUCUUAAUGAAUGUGAUGAGACUAAGAAGCAAAAGGAAAAGCAAAGUAAAGAAACGGCACCGAAACCAGAGCAACCUGCUAGUCAGAAAGUUCGUCAACAACGUGGUAAAUUGUUUGUUCCGAAAGCUCUUCGAAAAGAAUCAGAUAAUAUGCCACCAAACGGUCUACUAAGCUCUAUAGAUAAAACUAAGGAAAAUGGAACCGAGAAACCGAGCGCAGAUGAUGAAGGAUCAGCAGAAAUAGAGCGCGGUAUAAAAGCAAUUGAGCACGAGAUAGGGAACCUUGUUGGUCAAGCGUCAAAACUGAAGCAAGUUUCGAAGCCUCCAGUGGAGCCUGGAACAAUCGAAUUUCCUGAACGAUCCAGUGAAGAGAAAGUCAACGAAAACGAUACCAACGGCUACGAUUUCACAUUUGAUCCUAAGCUACACAGUAUUACUAAUUAUCAAUCUACUAUUCAACAGCAAGUCGUUGCUGCUCCCUCAACAAACACUGAUGAUGCUACCCUCAAAGAAAAAAUGAAUCGCAUUAAGGAUCUCUGGACACCUGCAAUGGACGGCGAAAAAAUGAAUGUCGCAAUGGUUAAACCUCAACCUCAAAUAGGUGACAUAAUAAUGGACACUGUCAAACCCGUCGAUCAAUACAAUUCUCAAUCGUGCCGAUCUGCGCCUAAUAAUAGUCUUGCUCCAUUCUCUGGCCAUUACUCUGCAUUCCAACCCUUGUACUCUAACAACGAAAAUCGUACGGGUGGAAACGCUGCCUCACCACCGACAAACUACUUGUCUUCAUAUUCAUCAAAUCAUGGAAAGCAACCUCAAAAUCCACCACCGCAUCACUUUAAUCUCAAUAUUGAUGCUAUGGGACUUGAUCGAUCAGGAACGCAUAAUAUUUGGAAUCCAAACAAUUUAGACCUUGCUGCCUUGUCAGGAACACCACCGCCCUCAGUUUUGGCUGCUAGUGCAAACAAUCUUUAUCCUUUCUUUGCACCGAGCAAUAACGAUAUUCGUGGAUUUAAUGGAAGCAGAAACAACGGCAAUUCAUUGGGAUUUGGAUCAUUAUAUUUGUAUGACAAGCCGUCGCUUCCGCCGUCAAGUUUGGCAGUCGGCAGUCAACGUCCAUCCAACAUGUUCAAUAGAGUGAACGGAAGUGCAAAUGGGACGUCUCAAGGUGGCGUGCGACAGCAAAAUUUUUCAAUGAAUAUGCAAAACUCGAAUUCUGCUGGUUUUCCAAAUUUUUUCAAUCAACCACCACCAACUGUGACGCAACCACCACCAACAUUGCGAUUCAAUGCUGCUCCAGCUCCUCCGCCAACGGACGUCUAUUAUUACAACAAUCGAAUGGGACGCAAUUCAAAUGGACAGCAUAACAUGAUCCAUCAAACGCCGGAUAUGGGCUGGGGAAUGAAUGGACCAUACUAUUCAAAUGGCAGCCCGCAAUUGUCGAGCAUUUGGGGAGGCAUGCAAAACGGAGCUCAUUCAGCACGAAGUAGCUAUCAGCCAAUGCCGAAUCAACAAAUGAACCGAAUGCGUCGUUCCAUGAAUGGCGGAACUACUGGAAACCGCUAA